AUGGACAAAGGACCUGAGCCUGAGUCACCAGGCCAGGAGCGACGCGUGGGAGGCCCGGCCUCACCCAGGGAAGGACUGAGGCAUCGGUCACUCGCGGGUCGCGGCGGCCGGGCCGACGCCCAGCAGGCCGAGCCCCGUCGCCCAGCGCCACCCGCUCAGGCCCGAGACCCCCGCGCAGGGCGAGACGCGGGCCGGGCGGCGCCCAGGGCCGGGCCUGCGCUCCGCGGGCCCCAGCAGCCGGGCCGCCCCGGCCAGGCGUCCCCCGCCGCCAGCCGAGGGCGGACAGACCCCGGCCGCGGGGCCCCGCCAGCCCGCCCAACCCCGCGACCCCCAGCAGGGCCCCCGAGAUCACCUGAAGCCCCGCGAGUCUUCCCACGCCAGCACGUGGCGUCUAGGGAGCCGGCUGCUCCUACAAGCCCGGGCAAGCCCCACUCCGGCCUGCCGCCUAUUGGCUCGCUGAACGACAGUGUCCGCCUAAGGCCUCUUCUGAUUGGCCGGGAGCCUGGCUCUCCCGCGGGCCGGGGCUCGGGAGCAUAA